AUGGUAGUGGAGGCCGACCAUCUCGAGCAAACAGACGAAAAGCAAACAUCCACUGGCGAAGUCAUUCAAACUUCACGAGGUGGCUCCAAUUUACGCUUUCCUGCUGAACUUUUUCAUUCGAUAUUCUCCCACAUUCUACAUGGCAAUCUUGCUGAGGAGUCACCGAAGAAGGCGCUAGAGAACCUGACCUUGACAUGCAAAGUAUUCUAUCAUCUUGCACAGCCUCUCUUGUUCGACUCUUGCACUUUUCCGAUAUCCCGCACUUGGAAGCCCCCUCCUGAAGAGGGUGUGAUCUACCCCUCUCAUGCAGAUCCCAUUCCGAUGAACAUCAUUCCUCUCAGUGUUCAGGAAUCAGAAGACACCCUACACAAACUGUGUUUCAUUGGUCAGGAGAGAAUCGCAACAGCAGUUCGUCACUGUCGUCUUGCUCCUAUAGCAUACCCGGAGUAUUCGACACCAGUGGAUGAUCAUUGCCAAGAGGAUGCGCAUGAGCACACCAUCGUCGACAGGUUCUUCCGCGACAUUAUACCGAAGUUAUCAAAUCUCAGAAUACUAGAAUUGGUCCACGUUACGCUCGGACCAUCUCAUCUGCGCCUCUUGCAUGGUGUAUGUGUUCAGCUGCACUCCUUGUGCUCUGAAACGUGCUUUCUACAGGACGAUGAUGAAAUGAGGCUUGAAGACCACAAUCACUUUGGGGCCAUGCUCUCCGUCAAGAAUCUCAUAUGCAAGAGGACUAUACACCCAGGCAACCGAAAGAUGUAUCUCCCGCUGCCCCAUCCCACCCAUGUCGAGUCUCUGUCCUAUCACUUCUUUUCAUUUCGUCGCCGUGGCUUAUCACACAGCAUGGAGGGCCGGGAGCGGGUAUUGUUUAGGCAACUCACAGCUAUGGGAAAGUUCACUUCUCUGCGCUCAUUGGAUGUCACCAUCCGGCCGUAUGGCGCUGUGUGCGACUGGCGUCAAUUCAUAUCCACCCAUUGUUGUUUGAUAGAGAGUCUUUCCAUGCAAAGGCACACAAAGGUUAACAUUAGUUUUGUAGCCCCUCACGAUCUUCCUUCGCUCAAGCUCUUUCGUGGAAUGUGGGAUGAUGUCAGGUUCUAUGCACUGCAGCAGGGGGGUCUCCGACAUCUUAUCGUCACCGGAAAACGUGCAGAUGCUGCAGAGGAUGGUCUGAGGAACCACCCUAUCCUACGGCAUUCUGAUGUGCUCGCAGGACUCAACGGCCGGAGGGACGAAUUUGCUUGUCUGGAGUCUCUGGAGCUGAAGAUCUGGAAUGCGUUAGAGAAGAUCAUCGCUCCAAUAUUCAACUGCUGUCCGCGACUGCGGGCGCUGAAACUAAUUGGUAACACAUCAUUCGGUGUUGGUCUCUCGUCAUUGUCUUCUGUGUUCAUCGCCGUGACAUUGUGCCCAGAUAUUGAAUAUCUUUCACUCCCCCAGUUUCAUAUUGAAUUGGGCCAAAGAGCAUCGUUAGAAUCAAUGAUAUCCUCUUCAUCGGUCCACCUGCGGACUCAAUGUCCAAAGCUACACUACGUUCAUUUCGAGCUUCGUGAGGAGAUGCCUAUGACGAAAGGCUCCCGCUCUCCAGUCAUGAAGAACAGUGACGUGCGAUUUGAUCCUACCGAUGAUCGUAUACUGACCGUCGAGCACACUAUCGAGGACUGGCGGAGUAGGGUGUGGAACGAAUAA